AUGGAAGAAAAAGAUAAAUGGUUCCUGCCCCCAAUGAUCUCUCAAACAUACAAAGAGGCGCCAAGCGAUGUCAUAGCAGGUGUCCCCGGGGAUGAUGAGGAGGAGAAGGACAAGGACGAGGAGGAGGAGGAGUGGAGCGGUUUUUCCAAGCGAAAGAUCAUCUCCAACUGGGACCGCUACAAGGAUUCCGAGAAGGAGCCGGAGCCGGAGACCCGGAGGGGAGUCGAGUUCGGCGUCCUGCUCACCUCUGCCGGCGACUCCUUCUCUCAGUUCCGGUUUGCCGAGGAAAAAGAGUGGGAUUCGGACCCUCUCUUGCUGAAGCAGCUGGCACCGGCUGUCUUCAUGAACUGUGAAGCGUUGGCCGAAGCCCUGCAGCUUCUCCCUGUGGCGCUGCGGCUGAAUGUGGCAGCCGACCUGGUCCAGGAGGCCACCCCUCAAGAGCUCCCACAGGCCAAGAGCGUUGGCCACAGCCCGGGCCCACCCCAAGGCCAGCCCAAGGCACCCUGCCCGUCCCGAGGCCAGCCCAAGGCCCCCUGCCCACCAUUGGCACCGCCAGCCGACUGCCUGGAUGAGGAGCUGGACGUCCUGCUCCAGCUGGAAGCCCCCGUCACUACAGAAGCCACCCCGGCCCCUGCUGCACCUGCUCCUUCUGCCACCCACGAAGACAACGAGGAUGAUGCUCCUGCAGCUCCAGUGGAGUCAGAGCCGCCCGUGGCCCCCCCAACCAACAUCAUCAGCGAGGAGGAGCUGGAGGACUGGCUGGACAGUAUGAUCGCCUGAGCCCCCGCCCCCUGGGGAGCACCGCCACGCCCAGGAACCACUGCUGCCAUGGACAUGGCCAGAGUCAGGCCCCAAUAAACACCAAGGAUAGCAAGUCUGGGUCCCGCAUUC